GUCGCGCAUCGUUCUCCUGCAGCGCUUCGCGGCAAAAAAAAUGCAGACACAGCGAAAGAGAAAGCUCCGAGACCGCCCACACUCAACCCUCCCAAGCAAGUCUCCACUCCAAUCCUCUAAAUCUAUCCAAGACGAUCCGUACCAAACCCACCAUCGACCCACGCCCGAGGAAUGCCGGGCGGUUCGGGACGAUCUCUUAGCCCUUCAUGGCUUCCCGGAAGAAUUCGCCAAGUACCGAAAGCAGAGGCAACAAAAACUGGGUCUCGUCGUUAAGGAAGAAGGCGAUAGUCACGAACAGAGAGAGGUGAAGACGGUGCUUGUCGAUGAAGAGGAAGAGGAAGAGGAGGAGAGCGUCUUGGAUGGUCUGGUGAAGACCGUGCUGUCGCAGAACACGACCGACGUUAACUCUCAGAGGGCUUUCGCUUCUCUCAAGUCUGCUUUUCCCUCCUGGGAAGAUGUUCUUGCUGCUGAAUCAACAUGUAUAGAGGAUGCCAUAAGAUGCGGAGGUCUAGCCCCAACAAAAGCAGCUUGCAUUAAGAACAUUUUGACUUGCUUGCUUGACAAAAGGGGCAAACUAUGCUUGGAAUACUUGCGGGAUCUCUCGGUCGGUGAAGUUAAGGCCGAGCUAUCCCUUUUCAAAGGAAUUGGUCCAAAGACGGUGGCUUGUGUCUUGAUGUUCCAUCUUCAGCAAGAUGAUUUCCCAGUCGAUACCCAUGUUUUCGAGAUUGCAAAGACUAUUGGAUGGAUCCCAGCUACAGCCGACAGAAACAAAGCGUAUCUCCAUCUCAACCGACGGAUUCCAAGCGAUCUUAAAUUUGAUUUGAAUUGCCUUUUGUUCACUCAUGGUAAGAUGUGCCACAGAUGCGGCAAAAGAAAGGAUAACCAGCAAUGUGGCAAGGGGAAGGAUAGCCAGCAAAGGAAGGAAUCCCUGGGCAAAGAUUGUCCUCUACUGAACUACUGCGACGCACGCUCCUCUUAAACAUGUUUUGUGGACCUUAAUCGUGUCGCAAUUCGCACUUGUGUACUUGCGGUUGCGAUGCAUGCACCUUGACGACCGCGCCACAACACGAACUUCGCCGACUGGGUGAUGAUGGUGCUGGACUGUCGGAGCUUAAAGAACGUGAAGCGCGCCAUGCGGUUAAUGGAAACACAGGGGGUCCAUGUUCUGUACGAAUGCGAAAAAAGCUACAUGACAUUUGGAGAUUGAUUGAAUUCUAAGGUAACGUGAUGAGGGACACCUUUGGUAACGGGUAUUGUUGUGGUUUGAAAUGCCUGAGGUUUCAAUCAUGUGCGGUCGCGGUCGGAGGUUGCCUACUUUUUAAAGCAAAGUGUUAAAGAUGUGGUCAUGAAACGAGCAAUAAAAGAUUCCUUCGAAUC